AUUAAAAAGUAAAAAAGUAAAAACAAACAAGUAAAGAUCGCUUGGGCGUCCAGAGAUAUUUUUGAGCGUUCGGAGACUUUGCGCACCAUUUCUGGAAGGGGAAGUCAGCAACACGCUCACACGCCAGUCUCAACUCAACACGGCACGCUCACAAUCCCUUUUCCGCGAAGGAAACAUAACAAACAAACAAAUCCCCCAAUUUCAAAUCAACAAUCAAAAUCCUCUCUCUGUCUCUCUUUCUCAAUCUGAAAUCUCCAUUUUCCCGACCCGAAUAGCGAUGGUUCCGCCGCCCGGUCCAACCCCAGCGAACCCGCAACUGAUUCAGCAGUUCCUGAGCUCAGUCCUCUCGCAGCGCGGCCCCUCGUCCCUCCCUUACUCCGAAGACACCAAAUGGCACAUUCGCAACCACCUUGUCUCUCUCACCACCGCCUACCCCUCCCUCGACCCCAAAACGGCGACGUUCACCCACAACGACGGUCGUUCCGUCAACCUCCUCCAAGCCGAGGGCACCGUCCCCAUGUCGUUUCAAGGCGUCACAUACAACAUCCCCGUCAUCAUCUGGCUCAUGGAGUCCUACCCCCGCCAGCCGCCCGUCGUCUACGUCAACCCCACGCGUGACAUGAUCAUCAAGCGCCCUCACGCCCACGUUACUCCCUCUGGUUUGGUCUCAAUCCCUUACCUCCACAAUUGGGUCUACCCGAGCUCCAAUCUUGUCGAGCUCGCCAAGAAUCUCAGCGCUGUCUUUGGUCAAGACCCGCCUCUGUUCUCUCAGCGCAGGCCCAAUCCCAAUCCAAACCCUAACCCUAACCCUAAUCUGGGUCAUUCCUCCUCGGCGAUUUCGAAUUCGGGUUAUUCCAGCUAUUCGGGCUAUUCGGGAUCUUCAGGCUCGGUUACUCCUGCCCGCCCCGCGAUCCCCCCGAGGGCGUACCCGCCGUCUCCGUAUGGAAGCGGCGGGUCGUUUUCUCGGGUUCAGACCGAGGAUCCGAACGAGGUUUUCAAGCGAAACGCGAUCAGUAAGCUUGUGGAGAUCGUGCAUGGCGAUGUGGCCGGGUUGAGGAAGACGAGGGAGGCAGAAAUGGAAGGCUUGUUCAAUGCGCAGGCCGAGCUGAGGCAGCGGUCUGAGCAGCUUAGCAAAGGUUUGAAGGAGAUGGGGGACGAGAAGGAGGGUUUGGAGCAGCAAUUGCAGAUGGUGUUGAUGAAUUCAGACGUUUUGGAGGGGUGGCUGAGAGAGAAUGAGGGGAAAGCUAGGGGCAGGUUGAAUGGUGUCGAUGUGGACGAUGCAUUCGAAUGCAUAGACGUGCUUUCGAAGCAAAUGUUGGAUUGUACGGCCUCUGAUUUGGCUAUAGAAGAUGUUGUGUAUUCCUUAGAUAAGGCAUUGCAAGAUGGGGCAAUACCCGUUGAUGAGUACUUGAAGAAUGUGAGGUCUUUGUCGCGCAAGCAGUUCUAUGAUCGCGCUACGGCAGCAAAAGUCAGGGCUGUCCAAAUGCAAUCACAGGUUGCAAAUAUGGCGUCUAGGCUUUCACAUUAUGUUGCCUCAUAGUAUAUUCCUGGUUGUGAGUGUUGGUGGAUCGACUGGCUGCAUAUUCGGGCUCCAUUUCUCCGCCGCAUCAGUGAAUCAGUGGAUCAGUAUAAUAGAAAUGAUAUAGUUUCUGGUUAUAUUCCUGUAAAAAAAAUAUGUCAAUGGUUUAUUUUCUAUUUUUUCUGUAUUGUUUUUUCACAAUUUUUCUUUAGAGACGGUUUCUCUGGGAAAUGUGUUGUUCAAUAAGUAUGAUAUGAAAACUCAUUUUUGCUCCAGAUUUAUAUAAGAAUAUCAGAUAUAGUCAUUACUCCUGGAUUCUUACUUCUUUUAUGAUUUGUUUUUUGGCUUAACCCUUUGCCCAGGUUCAAUUGUGAAAGUUUUUGUAUAGCAUUAGCCUGUGUGUUUACUGUGCCUAGUUUUUGUAUAUGAUUAACUGGUUCUUUAAUGGGAUUCUUUCAGGACAGGGCAACAAGACAAAGCGACAGUUUAUCUCCUUUUCUUUUUGUCAUUAUUAUGUAGGACGUGUUUAGCAUGCUAAUGGACAAGAAAACUUUUCAUAAGUUAAUUUGUCAUUCAAUAUGUGCAAAGUUGAGAAUAUUAUGUCUUUGCUUUACUGAUGACUUUUGCAUAUUCCCAUCAGCUAGUUUGCAUUCAAUUCUGCUAAUUAAAGCAGUGUGGACUGCUUUGCAUUGCAUCAGUGGUUGUUCCUAAAUGAAAUAAAGGCAAGAGUGAAAUACCCUUUUCCGGAAAUACAACCACUUGCAACUUUUCCAGGAAUACCGUAGGGUGCUUUUAAAAUUUUGAAGAUUUGCCUAUAAAGAUUUCAUUCUUCUGUCUGAGAUUUACUUAUUGGAAAAGCAAAGCAUCUGUCCCAUGCCUAAUGAAUCAUGUCUAUUCUAUUUCCAAUGCAGGUUUGAGGCUUAGGGGGUGCUGAGCUCCUUUCUAGCUUGUAAUUUACUUGGUUUUGAGUUUCUGUUAUGCUUCUUGUGCAGGGAAGCCUUGUUGAUUUAUUGUGUAACCUUGGCUGCUUGUACUGCAUUUUGUUUGAAUAAUAUUUCUUAUUGCUCUAAAAACAUAAUAUUGCUAAUCUUCACUUGUCAAAAGUUAAAACUGAACAUGGUGAUAGAGUUAUUAAGAUUGAAUUUUAUAACAAUGCUACAAGGUUUUUUGUAUUUUUGGCAAAUUUAGCAGAUGAUUUACCCAGGUUUUUGGGCUUACUCUCUGUGUCCCUUUUGUGUAGUACAGAGCUGGCAAUUGAAGCUGCAUGUGCAAGAUCCCUGGUGGUUGAUACUUCAACUUCUUGCCAAGCCUAAGGUGCCUUGCAUUUUGGAAAGUUGGGUUACAACUUCAUAUGGGAAGGAAGAAGUAUCUGCUGCAUUUUCCAGUUUUUGACAAGUGUUAGGGUUUUCUCAUACAGCAGCUGGGGUAGUUUUGUAAGCAUAAAUAUGUUGGUUGAUAUAUAAUGGUUGUCUCUCAUUCUAAGAGAUAACCCUGAUUUAUUUUCAA